GCUUUUCACAACACACUCGUACUGAGCUUUCAACUGACGAGGUCCAUUGCCAAUUUCUCAGCUUCUCUAGCCCGUUCAUUGCAACCCUUUAAAAACUGUCUCACUGUUCCGCGUAUUUAGCUGCUGAUACAGGAACUUCGAACUUGCAUCAUCCAGCCGGGUCGAGUUUGCCCGUGUCUGGAUCAUGAGGAAACUUGGUUGUAUGAAGUAGUACUCCGUGUCUUCCGUGUCUCGCGUGUUUUAAAAGAACGCAAAUUAUUUAAAAUGAACGCUCGCGGAUUUUGUCAAUGCUUGAACGAGAUUACAUCAAUUUAAGUUAUCGUAGUUUUCGUACUUAGACUGCGUUUGAGUCUCAGAUUAUACAUUUCGUCCAGAGGCACAUCUGCUUACAUUGCACGAAGUAUGUUUUAUCAGUAGAUAAUUGAGCUACGACACAUUUAACCUGUGUCAAGGUGUGCGUGCAUGUUUGCGCCUGUGAACGUACACGUGUUACUAAGGGCAAGGUUCUCUCGUUAGGUCUCUCUACCUCAGCAUUCACACUGCUAUCUGACCGAUCCGAUAUGAGAUGUGAUUGGUUCUGAAGUACACAAGACCACUUUCUGCUACUAGAUCUUUUGGGAGUUUGUGAAACUUAAUUCACUGCCACAGUUUGUGUUACAACAAGAUGUCGUGUCUCAUUCUCGGAGUUUUCAAACGGCGAGGCUGUGUGGGGGCGGGGAUGGGGGUCCGCUCCCUGGCCUCAGUGCCCUCCCUGCCCUCCGCCGUGGCUGACUUUGUAAAGGGGGCGGUGGCCGAGUGCCAGCCCGCCCGCGUGCAUGUGGUGACGGGCACGGCCGAGGAGGCGUCCGGCGUCCUGGCCGGGCUGGAGAAGGACGGCAUGGUGAAGAGGCUGCCCAAGUACCACAACUGCUGGCUGGCAAGGACCGAUCCCAAGGACGUGGCGAGGGUGGAGAGUAAGACGGUGAUCGUGACCCAGCGUCAGUGGGACACGGUGCCCAUCCCCAGCCCCGGAGCCAAGAGCCAGCUGGGCAGCUGGCUGAGCGAGGAGGACUUCCAGAAGGCCCGGCAGGAACGCUUCCCUGGCUGCAUGGCUGGGCGUACGAUGUACGUCAUCCCGUUCAGCAUGGGUCCUGUCGGCUCGUCUCUGUCCAAGAUGGGCGUGCAGGUGACUGACUCCCCCUACGUGGUGGCCAGCAUGGGCAUCAUGACCCGCAUGGGCACGCCCGUCAUGGAGAAGCUGGCGGAGGGGGCGGAGUUUGUACGCUGCCAGCACUCUCUGGGGCAACCCCUGCCUCUGAAAGCCCCCCUGGUGAGCUCCUGGCCGUGUAACCCAGAGAAAGUGCUCAUCUCCCACCUGCCAGACAGCCGGCAGAUCCUGUCCUUCGGCAGCGGCUACGGGGGAAACUCCUUGCUGGGGAAGAAGUGCUUCGCCCUGCGCAUCGCCUCCCGCAUUGCCAAGGACGAGGGCUGGCUGGCCGAGCACAUGCUGAUCCUGGGCAUCACCAGCCCCCAGGGGGAGAAGCGCUACGUGGCGGCAGCGUUCCCCAGUGCCUGUGGAAAGACCAACCUGGCCAUGAUGAAGCCUGCCAUGCCGGGGUGGAAGGUGGAGUGUGUGGGCGACGACAUUGCCUGGAUGAAGUUCGACAGCCAGGGGAAGCUGAGGGCCAUAAACCCAGAAAAUGGCUUCUUUGGCGUGGCGCCCGGAACCUCCAUGAAGACCAACCCCCACGCCAUGGCAACCAUCGCCAAGAACACCGUGUUCACCAACGUGGGCGAGACCAGCGACGGGGGGGUGUGGUGGGAGGGUCUAGAGACCCCAGCAGAGGGCGUGUCGCUGAUGGACUGGCACGGCAAAUCCUGGACGCCCGGUGACUCCACCCUUUGUGCCCACCCCAACUCCAGGUUCUGCACCCCGGCCGCCCAGUGCCCCAUCAUCGACCCCCAGUGGGAGAGCGAGGAGGGGGUGCCCAUUGAUGCUAUCAUCUUCGGAGGCAGGAGACCAGAGGGAGUCCCUCUGGUGUACGAGGCCUUCAACUGGCGCCACGGGGUGUUUGUGGGAGCAGCCAUGAGAUCUGAGUCCACAGCAGCAGCUGAACACAAAGGGAAGGCCAUCAUGCACGACCCCUUCGCCAUGCGGCCGUUCUUCGGCUACAACUUUGGAGACUACCUGGCCCACUGGCUGAGCAUGGAGACGCGUCGGGGGCCCACCCAGCUGCCCAAGAUCUUCCACGUCAACUGGUUCAGGAAAGACCCGGCGUCCGGAUCCUUCCUCUGGCCCGGCUUUGGGGAGAACGCCCGCGUGCUGGAGUGGAUCUUCAGGCGCUGCGGGCGCGAGCGGGAGGACGAGGCAGCCCGGAGGAGCAUGGUGGGCUGGCUGCCCCAGGACGGCUCCAUCAACGUCCAGGGCCUGGCUGGGGACGUGGAUAUGGCCGCCCUCUUCGACCUGCCCAAGGCAUUCUGGGAGAAGGAGACCCAGGAGCUGAGGGCGUAUUUCAGCCAGCAGGUGGGGGCGGACCUGCCCCAGCAGGUGGGGGCGGAGCUGGACGCGCUGGAGAAGAGGGUGAGGAACUGACCAGGAAGGAAGGAUGAAGAGGUAACAAGCGAAAUGAUGGACGUUACACUACAGUGAUGCUAACAUGAGGGGAUGGGUGGGUGGGGGGGGUAAACUCAGGGCAGUCUUGGGAGGAUACAUGGAGAUGUAAACUAAAGGUUGGAGAUGUAGAGGAGGUAGAAUGAUCUGAAGGGUUUCUCACUGCCUGAUGCUUCCGGGUCACUGGGGUGUGAGAUGAGGAAGGGCGUCGUGGCUGUGGGGGAACAGUGACGAGUCGUAGUGCCUUACUGACAUUCUGCAACCAAGCUGAACGCUUGGAUGUUUACCAGCUGCACCCCAAAGAAUCACGUCUGACCUGAUGAAGUUUGUUUGGUAGAAGAAGGCAUGAACACUUUACUGUAUUCAGGUCAUUUCUCCUGAAUGCUAAUGCUGGCUUUAUGUUCAAGAAUAAACGUAUCCUAUUAGCUCAGGGAAACAUUGUAAAGGAAUGCCUUCGGGAAACAGGAUGAUUUGCAAGGUUGCCACUUUUAUAUUAUUCUGAAUUAAAAAGCAUGAAUGUUUACACCAUAUGUCACAUUUUGGACCAAUAAAAGCAAG